GGGCGCCGGGGCGGCAGCGGCACCUCGGGGAGCGGCGUGGGGGGACCCCGUCCCGUCCCGUCCCGUCCCGUCCCGUCCCGUCCCGCCCCGCACUGUCCUCUCCUGCUCGGGAAUUGGGUGCUACUGGAUCUGCUGGAUCACGGAGAUCGUGGGUGAUGCUGUACAUCUCAUUGGAGACGAGCUUCUCACAAGUGACCUCGAUCCAUGUGUUCAUUCACUGAUGUCCAUCUUGUCUCUUCGCGAUCUUACUCAGCAAAGUGCCUAAGGCUUGCAGCAGCGACCAAAGUUAGAAGGACCUGACUUCUGAACAUAUCAGGCAGGAUGAAAGACCGGCUAAAUGAGCUGCGUGAAUUUGCCAGGUUACACAACCAACAUUUUUCUGAUAAUGAGGAUGAUGAAAAUUCACCCCAUGAUGUUCUCCUUUAUGAAACUGAUUAUGCCUUGGAAAUCCUUCAUAAAGAUAUAGAGAACAUCCGGACAGAAAAUGACCACCUAAAAGAGGACGUCAAGCGGCUCCGAAAGCAAAACACACGCUUCCUUACUUCCAUGCGCCGCCUUAGUAGCAUCAAACGAGAUACUAAUUGUAUUGCCAGAGACAUCAAGGCCCGUGGAGAAAGCAUCCACAGAAAACUCCAGAUAAUGAGAGAUUUCAGCGAAGAUGCAAUAACAAAAUACGGGGCUAUGUCUGUCAUUGCCAGGGUAGCGAAGAACCACUACGUUGACCUCAUGCAUGCAUUUCAGGAAGCUAUGUUUGAAUACAACGCGACAGAGAUGAACCAAAGGGAGAACUGCAAGAUUCGAAUUCAGCGGCAGCUAGAGAUCAUGGGCAAAGAUGUUUCUGGCAACCAGAUUGAGGAGAUGAUUGAGCAAGGCAAGUGGGAUGUCUUCUCUGAGAAUCUCUUGUCAGAUGUUAAGGGGGCUCGCUCAGCCUUGAAUGAAAUCGAGACACGUCAUAAGGAGCUGGUGAGGCUAGAAAGUCGCAUUAAGGAAGUGCACGAACUUUUUCUGCAGGUGGGCCUGCUAGUGGAGGAACAGGCAGACACCUUCGAUGUCAUUGAGAUAAAUAUGCAAAACGUUGAGGACUACGUAGGAGAAGCUAAAGAGCAAGUGAAAAAAGCUUUGGAAUACAGGAGAAAACACCCGCUCAGAACAAUCCUCUGCUGCUGCUUAUCCUGUUGCAGGAGGUGACCAUCCCACUGAAGCUAUCACAAACCAACUCCAAUGUCUUCAAAUCAGGCGUUCCUUCCAGUGACUUUUCUAUAAUGACAACUCCUAGAAAUCAGGGGAGGACUAUUUUGCAGUUGGUUUUGUUCAUUGCCUUUUUCCUAAAUAUGCUGAAGGCUGUUCUAUUUGAGAGCUCCUAGAAACGACGAUAAAAUUAUUUUUAAUCUAUUUUUAAUUGAAAUGUACUCGGUUGCUGUAACUAGAGGUGCAAGAAGGUCUCUGCAGAAAUACUUUUUUUUCAGAUGGGCGAGAAAGAGGAAUGAAUGAUGGGCUGAUAACUCAGCCUAGGGAAGAUAAGAAAUUUCAAGAUGUAACUUUAUUCUUAUUUGUCAAAGUGAGUCUGCAGGCGGUGCAGCCUUACUGCCUGCGGUGACACGAUACACCACAGAAUCAGGAGGUUUCCAUUUUAACUAGCUUGCAGCCUGCUUGCUGCAAAUACUUGAACAGAUUUUUGCUCUGUUCAUUUGACAAAAUACUGAGGCUGUCAGCAGGAGCAGGACACAGAACUAGUUUCUAUUUCAACUUGACUUCCACCUGUCAUGAAUCUUAGCAGAAGUGUCUGCAUCUUAAAUGAUAACACGCAUGUUUUGCUCUGUGUGCGAGUGAUUGUUUUUCUCCAUUUUGAGUACCCGCAACUUUGUCCAGGUGGCUAGAAGCACUGCAACACUGAGGCACCUCACUGACUUUUAAAUUGAGCCACCGUCUGUACUCUCAAUUUUAAAACUGCCAUGCUUUUAUGCUGCUAAUACAUUUUUUCCUGUCAAUUAACACUUCAGCCAGAAGAGAUGCAUGCAGUGGCCUUCUGCAGAAGCACCUGUAAGAAGACAACAUUUAGGGGGUGGAGAAAGCAUUUUAGGGUCUCCUGUGCUGGCCCAUACACACAAGCAGUUUUAGUGGAAGGAUUAUCCUGUCAAUAGACUUUUAUUUUUUUAUAAGCAUUGAUUGAAUAUGGAUUUUUUGUUAAAUAUUUUGAAUAACAUGAAGGAUUAAAUUUACUAACAUGCAAUUUUACCAGUGUACAAAAACUACAACUUUUCUCCAUUAUUAGUAAAUCUCCACCUGGGAAAGGAAAUAGACAUAUUUGUUCAGUACACGUGAAGAAGAAAGAAAACAACAUUUUAAUGUCAUUUCAGUCCUCUUUUCAAGCUUAGAAGUAAUCACUCCUUUUCUGUGAGGGGAGUCUGCCCGUAGCAGGUUUGGAAUAUGAGGAGGGAAUAGAAGAUUUGCAACCCUGGAAACCACUGAGUGUUGUCAGUGAAACUUGUUCUUAUAAGAUCUGGUGAGCGAUUAUAGCUCCUGCUUCUGGAGGUUUUCCAACUAUAGUAUUUCUAGGUGGCUUCCUGAUACACUGUGAUCUAUUGCUAUCCUUUGAAUUAAUGCAGGGCAUUUUUUCAGAAGUUAGUGACUUUUUUU